GAUCAAAGUAGCAACUGCUCUGUAGCUGAAAUAUAUUUCUAAUAUUGUUUUCAAAAUUCUGCAUAUCAAGAACAAGCAUGACUGCAAUUAUGAAAAUAAAUAACCUCAGCCAAUGCCUAAGCUGCUUACUAAGCAGCAAGUUGAGCCACUCAAGAAGCUUAUCCAAGGCAACACCAAAGUGCGCUGGUCCAGCUGGAGAUAACAAGAAAAAGUUUGUUAUAGUAAUGGUGCGCCAUGGUCAGUCCGAAUGGAAUGAGCAGAAUUUAUUCUGCGGCUGGUACGAUGCGCAGCUGACUGAGAAGGGCAAACAGGAGGCUUGUGCAGCGGGCAAAGCAGUGAAGGAUGCAAAGCUAAAGUUCGAUUUGGCGCAUACGUCGCUGCUGAAGCGAGCACAUGAUACACUGCAGGCGGUGCUGGAGGUUAGCGAGCAGACCAAGAUACCCAUAUGCAAGAGCUGGCGACUCAAUGAGCGUCACUAUGGCGGACUGACAGGACUGAAUAAAGCGGAGACGGCAAAGAAGUUCGGUGAGGAAAAGGUUAAGAUAUGGCGCCGCAGCUUCGAUACGCCGCCGCCGCCCAUGGAAGAGGAUCACAAGUACUACAAGGCAAUACAUAAGGAUGCACGCUACAAAGACGAGCCGCAGCCCUGUGAGUUUCCCAAUGCGGAGUCACUCAAGCUGACCAUAGAGCGCACGCUGCCCUAUUGGAACGAUGUGAUAGUGCCGCAGAUCAAGCAGGGCAAGCGCAUUAUACUCGCUGCUCAUGGCAACAGUCUGCGCGGCAUUGUCAAGCAUCUGGAUCAGCUGUCCGACGAGGCCAUCAUGGAGCUAAAUAUACCCACUGGCAUACCGUUCGUCUACGAGCUGGAUGCGCAGAUUAAGCCACUGGCACCCAUGAAGUUUCUCGGCGAUGCCGAGACUGUAAAGAAGGCCAUGGAGUCUGUGGCCAAGCAGGGCAAGGCCAAGUAGCCAAACUGCUGUUUUCACUCAAAAUGUUGUGUUGUGUUGAAUAAAAUUGCGGAAGGUCAAACUGAUAUUGCCUCAAUGCACUUGCAUGCUAAACAGAGUCUCCUCCCAGCUGGGCAGCGAGCUUG